CCGUUCCAAUCUCUUACAACUGCUGCUAGCAACUUGUUAUCACUUUGUCGUCGACGUUCCACUCUUCUGUCAGUAGCCAUACCCUAGAUCUCCGGCUACUUUGCUUUUCAAACGAUCCUGUUGACUCAUUUGCUGUUGCACCUCUCCAACCAGUUCUAUGCCUCCGACAGCAGCUCUCAAGUUGCACCAUGUUGCCUUGGACUCGCAUUGGCCUGUAGAAGUCCACCAGAUCUCUACUCUUUUCUCAAAUCCUGUUCCUCAUUUGAAGUUUUCCGAAACGUAUCCUGGAAUGACAUCCUUGUUCACCGACCUUUUCAAAGAACUGAGGAGCGCCACAUCGACCGGCCUUUCAACUGUGGAACCAGAGUCGCAGCCACUUCUUGGUUUCUUGGAUAUCAUCCUAGAAACGGUGUCAUCGCUUCGACGAAUGCAACAGGACCCUCACCCAUUCACCAUGCCUAUUUGGUCCACCCUAGUCCGAGCACUGUGCUAUACAUGCUUUAACGACGUCGAGAUAUACAACGAUACACCUUUUAUUCUUCCCAGGAACUUUGUGGAAUCCGUUUGUGAUGGACACGCUCUGAUGCUUGUUUCUUUUCUGUACAAGAAUACGCUACUAUCUAUGUCGCACUCAGACGCAGCUCCAGGGGAAAGCCCGUGUCACCAAAGCAAUCAUUCUAACGAGCAUCCUUUGGAAUCAGGCGUAGUUCUCACAGACGAAGAAGGCUCUGAACUUGUCAGUGACGGCAAUGCCCCCGAGGUUGAACCCAAUACAUGGACUUUUUCAUCCGAAUCAGACCGUGGAUUUGGGGGAGACAUAUUCGAUGAGCCAGACAGUGCCCUCUUUGGUGAUCUCUCAGAGUCGGAAGAGUGGCCAUGUCACAACCUUUCGCCGUCUUCCAGUACUAGGUCCCUUGAUAUGUCAUUUCAGGCACACGUUCUUCUAGGCAAAGGACGUCGUAUGGAUGCGGUUCUUCCUGUUAUCUGCAUUGCGGAUAGGGAGAACAUCAUGGCUCUCAUUGCCAGUGUAGCCUACCAACGACGUGUUUGGGGGAUUGAAGAGCCCAUUGUAGGUGUAAUUCUCACGAAGGAUGGGUUUUCGGCCCAGGUCAUUCUGGGGUGGACAAACCCACCUGAUACAGGUAGUGAUUCAGAGUCUCCAGAUGAUAACAUGUCUGAUGACUUGCCAAUGGUGCAUAUCGCCUACUCCGAUGCAGCUUGUGCAGCCAGUGGUAUCUUCAAUCUGACGGAUCCCAUUUCUACACUUUCUUUUGUGCAAUUUAUUAUUCAGGUUCGUGAUCAUUAUAAUAAGAUUGUACUAGAAUGUUGCAAACCUGGCAUGCCUGCCAAUUCUCCGAUUUCCUGGAGAUCUGAUCUUAUUGAUCCUUCAUGUCUUUCUGAUUGGGGGGAAAGGGGAGAAGAAGCUGUUGCCUCAUGGAUUCAGAGUUUGAGAACAAGCAGUGUUGAUACCAACGAUGACCCACCACCAUAUCCUGUUACACCCCCUCCGACACAGCAAUUCCAUCACAUAACAAUGUUAGAUCCAAAUGAGUCCAGGAAGAAGCCUGUUCGUGGGAGGCAGCCACACAGUAUUCCUACUGAAGCCAUGAUUCCGACUCAGAGCAAAAAUGAUAAGCACAGUUCCAGGAAAGGUUCAACAUCCACAUCUACAAGUUCAGCUCUGAAAUCUAAGCCUUCUGGAUUGAAUGCCCCGUCGUUAAACAACUCAGUUCAGUCAGCUUCGAUCUCGAUUUACUCCUGCUCAAGAUUCGCUAACAAAGUUGGAAAUGGAAUUGGGCUGACGAUGCCACUCUCCAUUACGACUUAUACCUAUGACAGAUAUAUCUUCUCCGUGAGAGCCGCGAUAUUACUGAACAUCGACAACUUCAAGAACCAACAACACGUCAAUGAGUAUACGAAACUAUACGAAACUCUGACCUGUUUUGUGGACCCAGGAUGGCAAAGUAUGGGCCAGUUACCAGUAGUCGAAGGAUCAUAUCUUAAGGCCAUCAACGAGUGCUUCUGGGAGCAACUCAUGACUGUCCGACAGAGAUCGCCGGACAGCAACCUCCCAAAAAUAAAGCCCUCUCAUCAGACAGCUGUGUCUGAACGUCUAUCACUAUUCUUCUGGGCGACCCUUGGAGCGUUUUCACGUGGGCAGCGCAAGUCUGUCAACGAAGCAGAAUCUCGUCUGCAAUGGGAUACACUGCUGUUCCAUGUUUUGAACAGCAUCGACUCCGACGUUAUUCACGUAAGACCACUAUUUGAGCGAACUAUUUUGCUUUCUCGCAACCGCCUUGUGGACGAACUUUGUUCCAAAAGCGUCAAGGACGUCCGGGCUAGUGCGAUCGAUCGAGCGAAGGAUUAUUAUGACCUCUGCUGGGCUUCUGGUUCUGCCAGUGCUUUUCCAGGCAAUCACACGGAGCUGGAUGUCAUCAGAUCCCAGGAACACGCAGCUCUAAAUGUCGCCAGGUAUCUGUUACAGCAGACAUCUCAUCUUUUCCCAGAAACUGCGCCGGAACCCCAAGCCAUUGUUCAUCGCGCCAGCGGCGAACCACACACAGGAAAAUGUGAUGCAGUUGUAGUUCUUACCGCCGAUGACCUCUUGUUGCCUAGUACAGACUGCAAGAUACCUGAAUUCAUCACCGUACCGCAAGAUGAUAGUCCGGGUCUGUUUCCCAAGCCUCAGGAGGAGGAACGUGAUGGCCAGGUUUUGCUAGUUCCUUCCUCUCAGCGAGCGGCCGCUACGCCACCCCGCUCAGACAAGGAGCAGCCUGUAUCUUCCGAAGGACCUACAGAUGAACCUGUGACUCUCGAUAUUUUCAAGGUCGAUUUGAAAUCCUCUAGCAAUUCAUUCUUAACUGCGUUCUCCGAGACUGGCUGCGUAGUGGGAAGUGAUGGGAAGAGAAGCACCGACAUUCGGCAGCUGCACGAAAAGAUCGAAAAGAUCGGCAAGGCUGUUCCUGCCGAACUCUUAAGUAAAAUUCUCUUCGCCAUCCUUGUGGUUGAACAUAAGAGGCCCCAUGAUGAUGCAGCGAAGCCGUUGAAUCAGGCCAGGGCUUAUGUAGACGCUGCCGUCAGGUUGCUUCAAGCUCAUGGUAUAACCGGACUGCCCGUGUUCGCACUCGCCACUAACGGCAAUGACGGUGUAGUGUUAAUGGCAUGGCACGGCAAAACCACAGAGAAAGUCUACCUUGUUGACCGAUCAGUACAGCGAUUUGAUAUAUCGUCGCCCGUAGAAGUGUUCCACUUUGCCACAUUCCUCCUUCGCCUCAGAGAUUAUUACGUUGAGCAUUUCAAGAUGCACCCGGGCCACAUCGAAGCAGCAAAGAGCGCAGCACAAGAGAUGGCAAUGAAGGCAGAGAAGAAGCUGCGAGAGGCUAAGGCGCAGGCAAAGGAGGAUGGCCUGGACCCAGACAAAGUUGAAGUUCACAUAGAUUGGGGAUGGUGGAAGUCUGCUCAGACGCCGCGACCUCCACGUUCGAAAGAGUCAGGAAAGGAAGGGUCGAAAUCAAAGUUGGAGAAAGUGGCAGAGGAGCUAGGAAAUUUACAUUUACGUUAGGUAUAUUUCAUAUGGUUUGCAAUCUGUCUAGACAAAGGAACAUUUUUUGCAGCGUCAUUCAUAGUCAGGAAUACAGUUUGAUCCUCCAAGGAUUACAUUUCA